GCUAGCGCGGAGCCUCAUUCGGCCGCUGCCGGGGACUGGAAUAGGCUGAGCCGCUCCGCGCCCGCUCCUGGAUGGGACCUGCCUCGUCUCCCUGCGGCGGAGCCGCCCGAGCCCCGCGGGACCCCAGCAAGAGCUGAGCUAUUGGAUAAGUGGCAGCACAAAACAUACAUCUGCACUAUCAUCACAGAUUCAUUAAGUGGCCAUUCAAAUGGGUGGAAUAUGUUAUAUAAAUUGGCAGCAAGUUACCAAUGGAUGAAGGAAUUGAUCUGGGAACCUGCAGAGCAUUAAAGUGAUGCACUUCAUGAGUGGUGGCAUCCUAUACACAGGACUUUACAUCUGAAAUUUUCCAGUAAUUCAGUUUUCAACUUUCAAGGUGGCUCAGGCUAGAAGGGGUAGAUUGUUCAAUACUCCUGUGCCUAUAAACUAACCAAAAAUGAAGGAGGACAGUUGUUUACAUGCUGCUCUUAUAUGCCUGGGCAUGCUGUACUAUAGUCAUGCUACGUCUACGGAAAAGCUUAACCAUUCAAGGCCGUCACUUCAUGGUCACCAUGAAAAAGGAAAAGAAGGGCAAGUCCUGCAUCGUUCAAAAAGAGGCUGGGUGUGGAAUCAGUUCUUUGUAAUAGAAGAAUAUACAGGACCAGAUCCUGUACUAGUGGGCAGGCUUCAUUCGGAUAUUGAUUCUGGGGAUGGAAACAUUAAAUACAUUCUCUCAGGUGAAGGCGCAGGAAUCAUUUUUGUUAUUGAUGACAAAUCAGGGAACAUCCAUGCAACAAAGACACUGGACCGGGAAGAGAGAGCUCAAUACACUCUAACAGCACAAGCUGUAGACAGGAACACUAACAGACCUUUGGAACCACCUUCAGAGUUCAUUGUUAAAGUUCAAGAUAUAAAUGACAACCCACCUGAGUUUCUUCAUGAAAACUACCAUGCCAACGUGCCAGAGAGGUCCAAUGUAGGUACAUCAGUUAUUCAGGUAACAGCCUCAGAUGCUGAUGAUCCUACCUAUGGGAACAGUGCCAAAUUGGUUUAUAGUAUUCUUGAAGGUCAACCGUACUUCUCUGUGGAAGCUCAAACAGGCAUUAUUAGAACUGCCCUUCCCAACAUGGACCGUGAAGCCAAGGAAGAAUAUCACGUUGUAAUACAGGCAAAGGAUAUGGGAGGACACAUGGGAGGACUCUCAGGGACAACCAAAGUGACAAUUACACUAACUGAUGUCAAUGACAACCCACCAAAGUUCCCACAGAGUGUGUACCAGAUGUCAGUAUCAGAAGCAGCCGUUCCAGGUGAAGAAGUAGGAAGAGUGAAGGCCAAAGAUCCAGAUAUUGGAGAAAACGGCUUAGUGAGCUACAGCAUCAUUGAUGGAGAUGGUAUGGAUAUGUUCGAAAUUACAACGGAUUAUGAGACUCAGGAAGGUGUUGUAAAGCUUAAGAAGGUUUUAGAUUUUGAAACCCAGAAGUUCUACAGUCUGAAGGUAGAAGCAGCCAAUGUACAUAUUGAUCCUAAGUUCAUCAGCAAUGGACCUUUCAAGGAUACAGUUACUGUAAAGAUUACAGUGGAGGAUGCUGAUGAGCCCCCUAUCUUUUUAGCACCCAGUUAUAUCCUUGAAGUACAGGAGAAUUCAAACCUUGGUACUGUGGUUGGAAGAGUACAUGCCAAAGACCCAGAUGUUGCAAAUAGUGCUAUAAGGUAUUCAAUCGAUCGUCACACUGACCUUGAAAGAUAUUUUAGUAUCAAUCCAGAAGAUGGUUACAUUAAGACCAUAAAACCUCUGGAUAGGGAAGAAAUUGCCUGGCAUAACAUCUCUGUCUUUGCAACUGAAGCUCACAAUCGACACCAGGAAGCCAAAGUUCCUGUAGCAAUUAAGGUCCUUGAUGUCAAUGACAAUGCUCCAAAAUUUGCAGCAGUCUAUGAAGCAUUUAUUUGUGAAAAUUCUCAGAGCAAUCAGCCAUUUAUUACAAUUACUGCUGAUGACAAGGAUGAUGCUGCCAAUGGACCAAGAUUUAUCUUCAGUUUACCACCUGAAAUUAUUCAUAAUCCAAAUUUUACACUCAGAGACAACAGAGAUAAUAUGUUCUUUCUGGACAUGAGUCAUGGACAUGAGGAAAGUAGAGGAAGCAACUAAUCUUUCCUAUGGGUUGCAAUGAUGUUGUAACCAUGAUGGUACAAGAAAUAUUUGAAAAGCAAGGAUUUUUGCAGCUUAUAUCUUUUUAUUGGGCCAGCUGCAUGAUUAGGAUAGACACAGACAAGCUUCUGAAAGCAGUGCAUUUUUCUUCAGGUCAAGUGUUAUCUGACCUGAAGAAGAAAGAUUGUUUAAGUCUAUCCCAACCAUGCAGUUGGUCCAGUAAAAGAGCACCCACAGAAACCCUGAUCUUUCUUUGUUGCUUUUGAUUGGCCCUCCUUUUUACUCUUUAAAAAUGUUUAAAUAAGUUUCAAAGUUUUUUUCUGACUCCCUGGAAUACCUGGAGGCUGAUGCUGUUUAAUGAGAAGUAAUUUGUUGAGGUAAAAAUGGGAUCUUUCAGUUAUGUUCACCCAGUUGUUUUAUCGGACUUACCCAUUCUAAACCUUGGCUCGUGAUUACAGAUUAAAUAUGGAAAAACUUACAAGACUGUAUAAAUAGCCUUGGUAUUUAAUUACUUCUCAUUUAGUGGGCAGAGGGUGGGGGGAAGAAUACUUAGAAAAACACAGAACCAGGAAUUAAGUUAGAUAUGGGAACAAAUUCAGCCAUGGGGUAAUUCUAUCCAAUUCCCUGGAGUUUUGCCAACUGACAUCUGGGCUGAAAUUUUGCCAUCUUUUUCUUAUUUCUAGUGUUGGAAUAUUUUUUUAACUGCCAAGAGCUAGCAAAAGUAUAGUGCAUUUAAAACUAUCAGCUUCAGAGGUAAAAUUUACUGUAUGUAUAGCACAGUUAUUGCUACAUAUUAAUUUGAUGAACUCUGCACAAAGUACAAUCCAAAUUGCCAGUCCAUACAAGGUAUUCAGAGUGGAAAUGAUCUUCUAUCGUAUGGCACACAAGAAAAAGGUGACUAUGGCUUAGAUCUUUGAUUUGUGGCCUAUCUAUAUGGUAAUAUUACAUUGAAGUUUCAUUACCAUAAGGUAAUCAAAUCACCAAGGGAAUUAGCCGAUCAGAUAAUACUAUAAAUUGUAAGUAUUUUGAUUGCCUAGCAGAUAACAAUUUGGGAUUUGUUGGAUCUGGAAGUAGUGCUCUCAAAGCCUCAUCUGUAGUUUUCAGGCAGCUGCAUCCACUACAGCAGAGGUAACCCUCCUCCAUCAGUCUGCGAGUUUCUUUGUCAUGAUGGAAAUCUGUCCUCUCGUGAGGCUUUAUUUGCCUGACAAGAAAUGGAUCAUUAUCUGCAGAACAGAGAAUGCUGUGGAAUGGUUUGACUGUAUGUCAAUAUGCAACAUAUUAGUUGCUGAUAUUACUUAAAGCUAAAAAUGCAGAUAAGGCACCAGAUGCCAAAUUUCAAGACACAGCACAUUGUUGCGAGUCUGUUCAGAGCUCCAAAUAAAAAAAGCCAAAAUGACCGGUUCGUGCCCACUAUGAACAUGCAAAACAGCUGUCCCAUCUGGCAGGACUCAGCUGCCUCUGUGGAAGCAUACUUGUCUUCUGGUAUAGCAGAGCCCUCCUCAUUCAGGCUGAGGUCUGUGCUAGAGGUGGGUGCACAAUGCAUGGCCAGUGUAAAGAGGGCCUAGGUGACAGUGGAAAGAUAAAUCAAAUAGGACUUGUAUGGAAAAGAGCUGAGCAGUAUCAUCCUUUCCAUGAACCACUUUUGCUGGAUUCCAUCUUCAAAAAAGCUAGAGGGCAUGCGGCUUGGACAGAUAACGUUCAAUCUGGUGUAGAAAAGGAGCAGGCAAACAAAAGGAACUCCUACACUGGAGUAUCUUUGCCUAGUUUUUCCAAAGAAAGAGGGGUAAAACUAUACCAGUGUAAAUACCUUAUACCUGUGUAAAGAUCAUGUUUCCAGCAAUUUUAAGCGAGUUGUUUGCUUAAAGCAAGUAGGCUAUGACCCGUUUUCUUGACAUCUAUCAGCAAGGCUCUGUAAUAACAACCACUACAUGCAGCUUCCCCAAGCUGGCUGCUCAUCUUUCAGCACUGGAGCCCAUUAUAACUUACUUCAAUGUGUGAAAGCAAUGUAAGCAACACUGGCACAAAUGUGUUAUCUGUUCAUGCCCACAGAAUGAAUGUCUUCGCUGUCUUAUUAGAUGACCCUAAUCCCCUACGGACACCUGUAGAUCCACCAGGGCUGGCAACUGUGGCAGAUAUUGUUCCCUUCCUGUAGUAAUAUGCACAAAGAAAUCCCCAUCAAUUUUUCAUUCUAAAAGUUUUCUCCAUUAGUUUUAAUGUAAGAAACAAGGAUCUUCCCAUUAGGUCUAAUUUAUUCACAGCUUUUUAUAGAAAUGGCACUGGUCAGAUCAUUAAAUGAAGUUUUAUGAAUCACAUUAUUAAAUUCUGAAAUUUACGCUGAGUCUUCCACAGGAAAAUGAUUAAUCACCUGUAGUACCCAAAAGCAGAAGCAAAAUGGUGCCAUUUGGUCGGAGGAAGGGAAGAAACUUUUUUCAGUAGAUAAAAGAACUGUUUUACAUUUUUUUGUUUUUUUUUUUCUCUUAGAUGAAGAAGGGGCUGACGAACAGGCUUGGGCAAUCUGAUCUGGAUUUUAAAUAAAUCAAAACUUUUCUGAGAGUCUGAACAACUUGGAAAAAAUUAUUUCUGCCACACAUCUUAAGGGUUUGCAGUUUUGUGCGUUCUGGUUCAGGCUGAGAAAUACCACAAACCGUGUUCAAGUUUUCGUGGUAUUUCCUGACUGAACAGAAGUGGGAAACGAUGCAAAUUGCAUCAGAUUUUACGUAGUCUUCUGGUUAAUUUUGUUGCCCCAUACUGGGAUAAUAAUUUGGAUAAUACUGAGAUAUUAUCCAAACUGAAAUUCAGACUGCAUCACUAAGAUAAAAAGGAAAGUAAUGAGCUAUAGUUUACAGUGAAACACUUGUUCACUGUAAACUAUAGCUCCAAAAAACACUUGAACUUUAUUCAGAAAAAAAGAAA